AUGGCGCUGACAACGAUGGAGAGCGAUAUGGUACUGCUAGCCAUGCUUCCUGUGGAAGACCGUAUAAUGAUGGUGCAAACGCCGCGCCUGCGUACCAUCGCCGACCUGGAGGUUUUCAUUGUAGAUGAGUACACUCGCGUGUUCCCGCACCUACCGCCACUCGGCCGCAACCUACGCAUCCAGAAGUGUGUGGCACCUGAAUUGGUAGUGGAUCGCCGUGCGCAUGCCAAGGUGCGUAAAGAGGCACCGCAUGUGUUUGUGGAUCUGGCCAAGGACGUGCAGGCUGGCAAUGUGUUCACAAACAUGGAGCAGAUUUAUAUUGUGGUUAACAAGACCAAGAAACAACCGCCAACCAAGAAAAUUGCGCCUGAAGCCCACAAGACGCCGGCCAAAACUGCCGCUCAGACCACUAAGGCGGUAGUUAAGGAAGCCCACGACAGCAAGAAAAAAUCUGUGGAGAAGGAGUCACAAAAGAAGGCUACUGCCCUGAAAAAGCAGCAGGGGCCCAAGAAAAAGGCUUCAGAUGACGUGACGAAGGCAGCUCCCAAGGCCUCAAAUGACGAGAAGAAGGAUGGUGGGAAGGACAGCACCAAAGUCUCUGCUAAAGAUAAGAAAGACACAAAGAAGUCUGCUGUGAAGGAUGCGAAGAAGGACGAUAACACCAAUGCGAAGAAGGUUACAGCACACGAAACCAUCGAGAAGAAGGCGACUACCUCAACGGAUGAGAAGGAUGGAAAGUCGGCUGAAAAUAAGGUGGCAAAGAGCGUAAAGAAGACGGAACAGGAGACGAACGAGUCGAUUAAGCCCGAUGCUGAGAAGGAAGAUCCCAGCACCAAAAAGGCUCCAAAGAAGGCCGCCCAAAAGAAAAGCGAGAACGCUCUUCUCAAGAAAAUGCUUGCAGCGAAGCACAAUGGAACUGAAUCGGGCGCUGCUGUGAUUGCAAACUCUCUUCAGGAGACGGAAGGCGAGGCGGCAUCAAAAACACCGUCGAAGAGCGAUAAAACGCGCAAAGCGAGCGAGAAGGAUGAUGUCCCUGCAGCUGCUUCUGAUGUCCAGGAACCCCCAGCCAAGAAGAAAAAGUCUGCUGCAAAGUCGGAGACCAAGCCGGCUGAAUCGCCUAAACCGGCUGAAGAGAAACAAGUAGAUCAAAAGGCUACAAAAAAGAAAUCAACUGCCAAAACGGCAACGAAGGCUGAACCUACCAUACCUGCGGAGAGUUCAAAGCCGAAAAAGAAGAAAGUAGCUGCCAAAUCAGCCGAGAAAGCCGACGAUGACUUAUCGACUGCUAGUGAGUCGACUCUUCCUACCCGAAAGUCAAAGAAGAAAAUCAACACUGAAGCAGAUGGCGUUGAAAAACCUGCGGCCAAGCGUGCGAAGAAGGAGGCAUCACCCAAGGCAGCAACGACGACUAAGACCGAGAAGACAAAACCAGUGGCUAAGUCGUCUAAAAAGGCCAAGAGUACGGAGACUGCGACAGCUAAGAAUGACUCAGGCUCCUCCUCCAGCUCGUCAACACAGGAAGAACAAUUGGCUUCUGGUGAGGAGACGGAAGCGGUAGAGCCUUCUGCUACCAAAACUACUGCUGCUCGCAGUACCAAGCAGGAAUCACAGGAAGAAGCCAAGAAGGAGCCUACGCGAUUCCAAACCAUUUUGGCGGAAACGACGAAACGAAUUGCGAAUGAGAGAAAGACUCAGAAAAAGCUCGUUGAAAAGGAUGCCGGCGCGGGUAAAACGGAAGAGAACUUAAAGGAAGCGUCCAAGUCAUCGGAGAGCACGGCCAGCGAAUCCUCGGACUCUGAUGUGCCCCCUGUUGUUGUGAAAGCUGCAAAGCGCUCUCCGAAGGUAGCAGCGACCCCAGCUGAGAGUAGCUCAUCUUCGUCCUCUGACGAGGAGGAGUUGGAUUACUCGCAGAGCCUUCUGGCUGAUUUGACCAAAAACGGUUAG